CUCUCUCUCUUUCUCUCUCUCUGUCUCUCUCUCUGUCUCUCUCUCUCUCUCUCUCUCUCGCUCUUUAUAUUCACUUUGCAUAUUUUCCGUUGUUAUUGGAAUGUAUUUUAGCAGAAUAAUAUAUUGUAUAGGCAGGCUACUUGCCUGGGCGGUUUGGGAUUACUGGUACUGAGGCACAUACGGCGUACGUAUCAGAGCACGAUCUCAAACUCUUUCCGAAACACUUGGCAAUAUAAAAGUCUGAUGAAGAUUAUUUUGGAGGUACACAUUAUUUUAUUUUUUGUCUUGACAUCAUGAGUCUCAGCCUGUUGAUAUUUCUCUGUCUCGGUCUUUACCUCCCAGUCUGUAAUGCGCUGAGGGUCACCCAGCCGUACCGUGUGGUCGGUUUUCAUGGCGAAGUGGAGUUGUUCUGCUCCUACCACCACACAGGGAGACAUGAACCGGAGGAACUAUGGGUCACUCUGUACCGGGGGAUGUACAAGGAGGGGAAGCAAAAGGUGUGCACCUCCUCCUUCACCCGCAACCAGACAUCCUUCCAGGUGGAGGGAGAGAGGGAGGUGCGUUGCCGGGGCCAGUUAGGGCCAGGCAGGGUGAACCUGACUGUUUCUGGUCUCCGGGGUAACGACACUGACCUGUACCACUGUGGCAUAGAGGUCAUGUACCCUCCGCCAUACCUCAGGACGUUUGGAAACGGUACCCUCCUCUACAUACCAGAGGAACCAAAGUGCUCCUUGCCAGAGGCCCAGAGAACAAGCGAUAUGGGAGAAACAUCAGUCAAAGUAGCUCUAGCAGGACUGGUCACAGGCAGCAUACUAAUGGUCAUCUCCAUUAGCGCCAUUCUCCUUUACCAGGUUCUGCAGAGGAAAAGAAGGUUUGGAGGAAUAACACCAAUGAUUUCGCAGAAUGACGGAAGAUUUGGUUAUGGAAACUUCCAAUGAAGAAUUUUCAUCAAUUGUCUGCAUCACCCCCCACAUGAUCACUACACAGGUGCACCUUGUGCUGGGGGGGACAAUAAAAGGCCACUAAAAUGCGCAGUUUUUGUCACACAACACAAUGGCCACAGAAGUGUCAAGUUUUGACGGAUGAGUGCAGGAUUGUCCACCGGAGCUGUUGCCAGAGAAUGUAAUGUUCAUUUCUCUACCAUAAGCCGCCUCCAACGUCGUUUUAGAGAAUUUGGCAGUACGUCCAACCGGCCUCACAACCGCAGACCACGUGUAACCACGCCAGCCCAGGACUUUCUGAUUGGCGGGCCUGGCUCCACAGUGGGUGGGCCUAUGUCUUCCAGGGCCCACCCACUGGCUGCACCACUGCCCAGUCAUGUGAAAUCCAUAGAUUAGGGCCUAACGAAUUAAUUUCAAUUGACUGAUUUCCUUAUAUGAACUGUAACGCGGUAAAAUCGUUGAUUAAAAAAAAAACAUAUAUAUUUAACGAUGAAAUUGUUGCAUGUUGCAUUUAUAUAUUUUUUAACAAUAGUUAAUAAACCAAUUCCAAACCUCUGACAA